UAACUUUGGGUUAGGUUUACCAAACAAACCCGAAGAUUAUGCCGAGUGAAACCACUUCCUCUUAAAAGAGAAAAAAUAAAAAACACAAGGGAAGGAAAAGCAUAGACAACAAGUGGAUGAUUGCAUUGCUUUGCUUGCGCACGAUAUGAGAUGAGAGUGAUGAUAAUAGGAACAUGAAACAUCAGAAACAACAAAGAAUUUAGUUUUUGGAGAGAAACACUUUGUCUUUUCUUUUCUCUUCCUUCAUUCGAAAAACGAAAUUGCACGAUAAUUUCCAAGAUUUUGAUUUUGGAAAAAAAAUGGAUGAAUCAAAGGCAAUGCAUCAGCAACAACAACAACAACAACAACAACAGCAACAACAGCAACUAUUGAUGCAACAAGAACAAUUCCAGAAGCAGCAACAACAUUUUCUGCUCUUACAGCAAUUCCAGAAGCAACAACAACAACAACAACAGCAAGCAGCGCAAGCAGCUGCAAUUUCUCGAUUUCCUUCAAACAUUGAUGCUCACUUGCGUCCCAUAAGACCUCCCAAUCUUCAACAAAACCCUAACCCUAAUCCUAAUCCUAAUCCCAUUCUCAAUUUACACCAAAACCCUAAUUCAAACCAUCAACAAUCUCAGCAGCAGCAGCAGCAGCAACAACAACAACAGCAAAAGAUUAUUCGACCUGGGAAUCAAAUGGAGCUUCAGAUGGCUUACCAAGAUGCUUGGCGGGUCUGCCAUCCAGAUUUCAAACGGCCCUUUUCUUCUCUUGAAGAUGCCUGCGAGAGAUUAUUGCCAUAUCAUGUUGUGGCAGAUUAUGAAGCAGAAGAGGAUGAUAGGAUACUUGAUUCCGACACAACUGGGCAGAUGCUUUCAAGGUCCCAACAGUGGGAUAAUAAUAUUGCUGCAAAAAUUGCUGAAUUUACAGCAACUUUUGAGAAGCAAGCACUCGCCUUCAACAUAAUAUCGCAGAAGAGAUCUUUGGGGGAAUUUAGGUCUGAGGAGAGACUGAUGAUUGAACAGGCACUUCUCCAAGAGGAAAGACGAGCUAUGGUGGAAUUAAGAGCAGAAAUAGAAUCCAGAGAGAAGGCUGGUCGUGAAGCCCAUGAGGCUAAAUUACGGAUGGCAGCAAUGUAUCAAGCAGACCAGCAGGCAAGGGCUGAUUCACAGUCUCAUGCUGAAAUGAUGUCUCGAGCCCCCAUAAGAGGAAGUGCACUGGGUUCCCAAGGCAGUGAUAUAGGGAUUGGUGGUCAUGACAUGGGAGAUCAGGAUCACGGUGAGAUGAUGAAUGGAUGGGGAAACAAUGCACAGAGAGAUGAGAAGGAGCCAUCUGAGGAUUUCUUGAAUGACGAAGCUGAAAAUGGUGAUACUGGCACGCCCGAGGGCUGGCGUGAGGCUGGUGAGUUUGAUUUGAAUGCUAGGUGAGUUAUUUGAAUAAGACCAUUCCGGGAUAGUUUGAAUUAUGUGUAAGGAUCACUAUCCAUUUCUAAAUAGCAUUUUCCUAUGUAUCUACAAGUUAAUAUUCUUGAGAUUACUACUUUCUCAAUUUACAGAGGCUGAAGGAAAAAUAUUGAACCAGUAUUAGAUUGGAUGAAUAUCUAGUUUGUGCUCUUAGCCUAUAAUGUUGGCACACAUGGUUGGAUCAAUUAUGUGUCCAAAAGCAAUAUUUAUAUAAGCACAAAUAUUUGAAGUGUA